AUGUCUGACCUUGACCAAGUGAUCUCUCUGUUAGGCGCGCUGCAAAUGCAGAUGCAAGUCGUUCAAUCACUAACCUCCUUGUGGCAGGACUUGCAGCAGGAAAUAAACUCCUCUCGGCGGGACUUGCAGCAGGAAAUCAACUCCUUGCAUUGCAGUUUGCAGCAGGAUAUAGCCAUCCUGGGGCAAGAUGUGGGGCGAGAUGUAACGUCCUUGCAACAAGAUGUAAAGGCCAUGCAGGGGAAUGUAACGUCCUUGCAGGGGAAUGAUCUAACCCUGAAGCAGGCUAUGGCCCAUAACCUUGACCAAUUGUCCAGUCAAUUUGUUGGCCUUGUAGGGGACUUCAAACAGCUAGCAGAUACGAUCUAUUCAAGCUUUGACUCAUGGGCCAAGGAGGCUCAUUCCCGCGUCAUCGAUAAAGUGUUAGAGAUACAGCGUCCUCGUCUUAAGGCCAUAGAAAAUAAACUCCACAAGAACAUCUGCACCUGCAUUCCUCCAGGCCCCGUCUAUGGCCCAAGCGCCCAUACAUCAGAUGAAGCAGAGUCUGAAAAUACCAGUUCAAGUGAAGGCGCAAAUUCCCCUCUGUCCAUUGAAACUGCCAGCAGUGGCGGUAAUGGGACAUUUGGAUCGCAUCACCUGCCAUGA